AUGGGACAGCAACUCGCCCUCGGAGCCUUGUCGGACGCUGAUGCAACAGAGGGCGUUUAUGCUACGCCUCCAAUGCAGCUGGACGAGGCGCGAUCCGUCGCACGCCGCGCUCCGAAGCCGCCACUGCAAGCUUCCCGCCCAGAGCGCGAAGAAGCAAAAGGAAACGAUUUGCACCACGAGCCCGGCGAUGAUGAUUGUCUCCCCUCGGUGCCCCUCGUCGACGUUCUCGCUACCAGACAUGAUCGCGCCCGCCACUUGCGUCCCGAGACAGGCGACGUCGACCACAACGAAGAGUUUCGAGGCAAGCUUGCGCAUCAGCACGAGAUCUUCCACAUCGAGGACCCUCGCGAUGCGACGCGGGGACAUGAAGAUGCUGGCAGCAAGAAAGGGCGGCGCGGCCAGGAUCAGCAGGUUCUGGAUGAUGAAGGGCAGUGUUCGUCUCACGUCAUCGUGUGA